AUGAUUCAGAAGGACCCAAAUGGAGUUUUGAGAGAUUGGCAGCUUGGUAGGAAUCCAUGCACCUGGUAUGGAGUUACAUGCUCUAUGGGCCGAGCAACUCAGCUUGAUCUCACCGGGUGUUACCUUGUGGGGACAAUCUCUUUUGAUCCCUUGGCUUCUCUAGAUAUGCUCUCUGUCUUAAAACUGCCAACAAAUUCAUUCAGUGUGGUUGUUAUGAGAGUUUCCAUUCACUGUCAAGGAUGUGCUGGUAAAGUGAAGAAACAUCUUUCUAAAAUGGAAUUUUUUUGUCCCACUGGGUUUUUGCUGGCAAAUCUUCUAGAGCUUGGAAACAGACCCCACAUCUCCCUAACCAAGCUUUCACAACGCUAUGGCCCCAUUAUGACUUUACAUCUUGGCCAAAUCACGACUGUUGUGGUUUCUUCAUCCGCCAUAGCUAAACAAGUCCUCCAAACCCAUGACCAAUUGUUUUGCAACCGAACAGUAUCAGAUUCAGUACAAGCCUGUAAACAUGGCGAGAACGGCAUGCCCUGGAUACCUGUUUCAGCUAAGUGGAGAAACCUUCGCAAAAUAUGCAACUCCCAAUUGUUCGCCACCAACGUUCUCGACGCCAGCCAAGCCAACCAUCACCUAAAAGUGCAAGAGCUCAUAGCUGAUGUCCAUGAAAGCGUUGUAAAAGGUGAUGCAGUGGAGAUUGGAAGAGCUGCUUUCAAAACUAAGCUCAAUUUGAUGUCGCGGACUGUCUUCUUUGUGGAUUUAGCAGACCAGAAUAGUGAGAGGGCUAGAGAGUUCAAGGAGCUGGUGCGGAGUAUUAUGGAAGAGAUUUCGAAACCAAACUUGGCUGACUAUUUUCCAGUGCUUAAAAAGAUUGACCCCGUGGGGAUACGGCGCCGUUUGACUCGUCACUUCCUGAAGAUGUUUGACCUCUUCGAUCGCUUGAUCAUCCAAAGAAUGGAAUCAAGAAAAGCACCUGACUAUAUCAUGACCAGUGAUAUGUUAGAUACCCUUAUAAACAGUAGUGAAGAGAAAAAUGAGGAUAUGGACAUGGUUGAAACUCAACAUUUGUUCCUGGUUAGUGGCUAUCUAUAUAUAUUCUAGCUCUCUUGUUCUUUAAUCUUGAUAACUUUGUUUCAAUUGAUACUAAGUUACUAACUAGUGUAUAUAUCUAUAAAUUGCUUAGAUUUCAAAAUUAAUUAUGACUACUAUACAUUUUCACUAUUGUUUUCAUUUUGUUAAUUGCUAUUUGUACCAUCUAAACUGAUUAUUUCAUUUGCUACUGUCU